AUGACAGCACGCAAACAUACGACCGUAAGCGUAAGCGUCGCGGAGAAAAAUGGCGUCAAGACCGAAACGGCGAUCCUGACCAUCCAUUCCGAUGGAGACACCACAGCAGAUGACUCGAGCGACUCGAGCGGUAGCGGAUCCGGCCUGCCGCGCCUCACCCCUGACGGGGGGCUAAGCGAGUAUGGAUCGAACGCCGCCACUGAUAAGGGGGCAAACGAGGAGCAGUCGAAUGACGCCGCCAAACCCAGGGGCCCCUGUGUCUCUCCCGAGACAACUCCUCCAGGAGACACCGACCGACAAGCCCACCACCGGGAGCAGGUGACCACCACCGGCUUUGGAGACGGCCCCACGGCCCAUCACCUCACCAUCGAAAACCUGCACUCCGAGCUAGCCCGCCAGUCCGCGAUCCGCGCGCGCGGCCACGAGCUAGCGGCCAAGGGCCAGCGGGCCACCUUCUCGGCCUCGGCACGUCUCGACGCGGCGCAGGAGAUGGUGGAGGAGGGCCGGCGGCAGACAGAGCGGGCGCGGCGGGCCCUCCGCCGCGGCCGCCAGGUGGAGCGCCGCGGCCUCAGCUAUGUGCGCAUCGCGGAGCGGGAGGAGCGGCGCUUGUGGCGCGAGCUGUCGUCGGAGACGACCGCGGCGGGCCGGUGGGGGGCCGGUGGGGAGGCAGCGGUCGGGCACGAUUAUGCCGCUCCGUGGGCGGCUGAGGUGGCGACGAUACCGGGCGAGGUGAUGGAGGUGUGGCGAGAAAGGUUGCGACGGAAUAAGGCGUAA